AUGACAGUUGAGUGCAAAAAGAAUGAAGUUGUGUUACACUUCCCUUGCCAGAACUUACCUCUGGUCAACCUGAAUGAGCCUAUCAAAGAAUCAGUCAAAAAUACUGAGUGGUUAGGCUCAUUCAGGUUGACCAGAGAAAGGACGUUGGUGAAUUCCGCGAGUGGGAAUUUUGCCCAAACCCAACAACACUCAACAACACCACCAUCACCACCCUCUUGCUCACCCACCACGAACACAUCGCCUUGUCACCACCAUUGCCUUGUCAAUAGUGACCACCACGACCACAAUGGACAACAACAACACGCAACAACAACAACAAUGGGCCAUGACAGACAACAACAACAAACAACCACGGCACACAACAACGACCCCACCCACGGACAUGACAACCACCCACGAACCACGAGCGCCCACCGACAUGACAAACAAGAAAGACGAGGGACAGUGAUGACCCCCUCCCACCUGCCAACGACGACCAUAACACCCACCACCACAAACGAUGCCCGCCGCCCACGAAAAACACCCAGCACACCCAAACGACGACCGCCGCCCACGAAAAACACCCAGCGCCCACAAACGACAUCCGCCACCCAUGCAAAUGAUGACCACCGCCCUCGAAAAACACCCCGCCUAUGUGUGCAAAUGACAUGGCACCCACGAAACAACAACUCCCUCUCUCCCUCCCUCCCUCUCUCCCUCCCUCUCUCUCUCCCUCCAUCCUUCUCUCUCUCCCUCCCUCCCUCCCUCUCUUCCUCCCUCUCUUCCUCCCUCCCUCCCUCUCUUCCUCUCUCCACCUCUCUCACCCCCUCCCCCCUCCAUCAUUUCACUUCACUCACUUCCCCUCCUUCCAUAGCUCUCUCCCUCCACCACUCCCUCCACCACUCCCUCCAUCACUCCACCACUCCCACCAUCACUCCACCACUCCCUCCCUCUCCCUCAUUACAUUAG